AACAGAAGUCCUUCUUUGAUACAAGAUGGAGGAAACAUACAAAGAUAGGACUUCAUUAGUUAAAGGGGCAAAAGAUAUUGCCAAGGAGGUGAAGAGGCAAGCGGUGAAAAAAGUGAAUAAAGCUGUUGACAAAGCUCAGGAUGGCUACACUCAGAGGUCCUACAACCGAUUCCAGGAUGAAGAAGAUGAUGACGAUUACUACGUCCAAGGAGGAAAUUAUAGUGGAGAAGCUAAUGAUGAUGAAGGAUCAAGUGAAGCAACUGAAGGGCAUGAUGAAGAUGAUGAAAUUUAUGAAGGGGAAUAUCAGGGAAUCCCCAAUGUGGGGCACAGCAAGGAUGGCAUGGUGGCCUUAGGUCAGCCUAUGUGUGAUAUAUAUAAGGAUCGUCAUGAACUGGAAACAGAGAGGAAAGCUGAUGAAGAAGAGCUAGCACAGCAGUACGAACUGAUAAUACAAGAAUGUGGCCAUGGGCGUUUCCAGUGGGCCCUCUUCUUUGUGUUGGGAAUGGCCCUAAUGGCUGAUGGGGUUGAAGUUUUUGUAGUUGGAUUUGUGUUGCCCAGUGCUGAAACAGAUAUGUGUAUACCCAAUUCUGGAUCAGGGUGGCUUGGUAGCAUAGUGUACCUUGGGAUGAUGGUGGGGGCAUUCUUCUGGGGAGGCUUGGCAGACAAGGUGGGAAGGAGACAGUCACUCCUGAUAUGCAUGUCUGUCAAUGGAUUCUUUGCCUUCCUUUCAUCAUUUGUCCAGGGCUAUGGCUUCUUCCUCUUCUGUCGCUUGUUUUCUGGAUUUGGGAUCGGUGGAGCUGUGCCGACAGUCUUCUCCUAUUUUUCGGAAGUGCUUGCUCGGGAGAAACGAGGAGAACACCUGAGCUGGCUGUGUAUGUUUUGGAUGAUUGGUGGCAUCUAUGCUUCUGCAAUGGCUUGGGCAAUAAUUCCCCAUUAUGGAUGGAGCUUCAGCAUGGGCUCUGCCUACCAGUUCCACAGCUGGAGAGUAUUUGUGAUUGUCUGCGCACUGCCCUGUGUCUCUUCAGUGGUAGCCCUCACCUUUAUGCCAGAAAGCCCACGGUUCUUGCUGGAGGUUGGAAAACAUGAUGAAGCUUGGAUGAUACUCAAGCAAAUUCAUGACACAAACAUGCGAGCUCGUGGCCAGCCUGAGAAAGUCUUCACAGUUAACAGAAUCAAGACUCCAAAGCAGAUAGAUGAGCUCAUAGAAAUAGAGAGUGAUACAGGAACAUGGUACAGGAGGUGUUUUGUUAGAGUUCGCACAGAGCUGUAUGGUAUUUGGUUGACAUUUAUGAGAUGCUUCAACUACCCUGUGAAGGAUAAUACAAUCAAACUUACUGCUGUAUGGUUCACUCUGUCUUUUGGCUACUAUGGCUUAUCUGUCUGGUUUCCUGAUGUCAUUAAACAUCUGCAGUCAGACGAGUAUGCAUCCCGGGUGAAACAUUUCCACAAUGAGGAGGUUUCACAUUUCGUCUUCAACUUCACACUGGAAAAUCAGAUUCACAGCAGUGGACAAUACAUCAAUGACAGGUUUAUUAUGAUGAAGUUUAAAUCAGUAACCUUUGAAGAUUCGCUUUUUAAGAACUGUGUGUUUGAAGACAUUACUUCCCUGAAUACAUACUUCAGGAACUGUACGUUCGUGAAUACCUCCUUCAACAACACAGAUCUUGAACAGUAUAAGUUUGUUGACAGCGAAUUGAUAAAUUGCACAUUUUCCAUCAUCAGGACAGGAUGCCAGAUUUCUUUUGAUGAUGACUACAGUGCCUACUGGAUUUACUUUGUUAAUUUCCUGGGAACUCUGGCAGUCUUACCAGGGAAUAUUGUGUCUGCUCUCCUGAUGGACAGAAUUGGACGGUUGACAAUGCUGGGUGGUUCCAUGGUUCUCUCUGGCAUCAGCUGUUUUUUCCUGUGGUUUGGAACCAGUGAAUCCAUGAUGAUAGGUAUGCUGUGCCUCUACAAUGGCCUCACCAUCUCAGCAUGGAACUCUCUAGAUGUCAUUACUGUGGAGCUGUAUCCUACAGACAGAAGGUCGACAGGCUUUGGCUUUUUGAAUGCACUAUGCAAAGCAGCAGCUGUACUCGGAAACUUAAUAUUUGGUUCCCUUGUUGGUAUCACCAAAGCAAUCCCUAUUCUCCUUGCCUCUACUGUUCUAGUAUGUGGAGGUCUGGUAGGACUUCGGCUUCCUGACACAAGAACCCAGGUGUUGAUGUAACUGGAAAAAGCCAUUUACUCAUUAU